AUGGCUCAGGAAUACAAGCUCAAGGGCGUCACGUCGCUAUCGCUGAAGCCCGGCGAGAAGCAGGAGGUGGAAGUGGAGGGCCUCGACGCCAAGGUGCUGCUGCUCAAUGCCGCCGGAACGGUGCAGGCGGUCGGGCCCCGGUGCACCCACUACGGCGCUCCGCUCGUGAAGGCGUGUUUCAAUGCCAAGACCGGCGAUGUCGAGGAUGCUCCGGCCCUGAACGAACUCCCCGUCUUCAAGGCCACCGAGCGCGACGGUGCCGUAUACAUCAGCGGCGAUGCCGACACGAUCAAGAAGGGGAACCGCAUUCCCAAGUUCAAGUGCAGCGUGACUAGCGGCGACAAGGUCGUGGUCGUGGGCGGCGGGUCCGGAGCGCUGGGCACCAUCGAAGGCCUGCGUAACGGCGGCUACCAAGGCGCCAUCACGCUCAUCUCCAACGAGGGCUACCUGCCCAUCGACCGGCCAAAGCUCAGCAAGGCCUUGAUGACAGACCUGGCGAAGCUGCAGUGGCGUGACGAGGACUGGUACAAGUCUGGCAGCGUGGACGUCGUCCAUGACGAGGUGGUCGACGUCAACUUCGCGACCAAGACAGUCACAACCAAGUCCGGCGGCAAGUUUGCCUACACCAAGCUCGUUCUGUCGACGGGGGGCACACCCAGGUUGCUACCUCUCGAGGGCUUCAAAUCCUUGGGCAACGUCUUCACCCUCCGCAACGUCGGCGACGCCAAGCGUAUCGUCGAAGCGAUCGGCGGAAAGGGCAAGAAGAUCGUCAUCAUCGGCUCGUCCUUCAUCGGCAUGGAGAUUGCCGUGUGCACGGCGAACGGGAACGACGUGACGGUUGUAGGCAUGGAGAAGGCGCCGUUGGAGCGUGUCCUGGGGGAGCAAGUGGGCAACAUCAUCCGGAAGGGCGUCGAGGCGAAAGGCGUCAAGUUCUACAUGUCGGCGGGUGUGGAGAAGGCCGAGCCCUCCGCCUCAGACUCGUCCAUGGUCGGCUCCGUCCACCUCAAGGACGGCACCAAGCUCGACGCCGAUCUCGUCAUCCUCGGUGUGGGUGUCGCGCCGGCGACAGAGUACCUCAAGGGCAACAGCGAGGUCAUGCUCGAGCAGGACGGGAGCCUCAAGGUGGACGAGCGGUACUUGGUGCCUGGCCUCGACGGCGUGUAUGCGAUCGGUGACAUUGCAACGCACCCGUACCGCGGGCCCGGCGGGGGCAGCGGUAAGUUCGUGCGGAUCGAGCACUGGAACGUGGCGCAGAACUCGGGGCGGGCGGUGGCGAGCCACAUCUUGAACCCGACGCGCACGCCCGAGUUCUACACGCCCGUCUUCUGGAGCGCGCUCGGCUCGCAACUGCGGUACUGCGGCAACACCAUGGCCAGCGGCUGGGACGAUGUGGUGCUGCAGGGCGAUCCGGCGCAGGGCAAGUGGGUGGCCUACUACGCCAAGGGCGAAGAAGUCGUCGCGAUGGCGAGCAUGGGCAUGGACCCGGCCAUGGCGCAGUGUGCGCAGCUCAUGUCGCUGCAUAAGAUGCCCAGCAAGUCGGAGCUGAAGUCCGGCUUGGAUAUCCUGAGUGUUGGACCGCCACAUGGUCCUGAAUCACCAAACGACUCGUUUGAAGCAAUGCUCGCCACGCUACUGGCAUUUUCGCUGACCCUGACGGUCCUAUGUCUACUCAUCGCCGCCAUAUACCGGCUAUUUCUUCACCCACUCGCUCGGAUUCCGGGACCGGGACUCGCCGCUGUCUCGAACAUCUGGCAGGGGCUGUAUGUGCGGAAAGGCCGCACCCGUGAGUUGGGCAGGACCCUUCACCACAUCUACGGCCCUGUUGUACGUGUCGGACCCAACGAGGUGUGGCUGGACUCCCGUGAUGCUUUUAGGAAGAUCUACGGGGGCAAUGGGUACACUAAGUCGGGGUUCUACUUGGCCACGGCGCUGAACAAGCCUUUCCUGGACUGGCGGCUCAAUGUCCACUUCCCGGACACCCUGGACCUGCUCUCAGAGUUUGAUAUCAAACGAUACCGGAUGCAAAGGCGGCUCAUAGGCCCCCUGUACACGACGUCUAGCCUAAAGAAGUUCGAGUCUGCUGUGAACGGCGUCAUCAAGACAGCAGUUUCCGAGCUGCUGGCGCAAAACGGAACCGAGGUAGACUUGAAAGAAUGGAUGCACAUCAUCGCCGUCGAGUGUCUUGGGGCUGUGGUCCUCUCGUGGUCCCCAGGCUACAUCAACAACCGGUCCGACGGCGGCACCAGCACCCAGAGCUACCUCGGCUGGAAGCGGAAAAGCAUCUUCGGUCUCUUUCCGACCGUCACCAAGUUAGCCUUCCUCUCCAAGACGUUGAGCCGAGUAUUCUCCAACGUCUGGGGCGUCACCUUCAAAACACCCAAGAACUUCAAGCCUUUCUUCACGCCGGUCUACCAGAAGACAUCGAAGAGGGUCACCAACGCCCUCCGCAAUCCGGUUUAUCCCAGCAAACAAAAGGACUCGCGCAAGGACCUCCUCGCCGACCUGAUCCAGCUGCACAAAGACCGACCCUCCGAGUUCACCGAGACCUACCUGCGCCGCAUGGCCACGACCAACUUCGGCGCGGGCCACGAGACCAUGUGCUCGGCACUGACCUCCAUCAUGGCCGUGAUCGGAUCCCGUCCGGAUAUCCAGCGGAAGGUAGCCGAAGAAGUCCGUCAGCAUACUCACAUUGCUGAGGCGACAAUACCCUAUGAUACCGCCGUCCGGCUGCGGUACACCCAGGCCUGCAUCAAAGAAGCCAUGCGCCUGCACCCGGUCAUCGGCAUGUCCCUCUCGCGGACGGUUCCCGCCGGCGGGGUGCGCUUGCACGGGUAUUUCCUGCCGGCCGGGACGACGGUAGGCUGUAACCCCGCGGCGCUGCACCGGAAUCCGGACAUCUUUGGCCCAGACGCGGAGGAAUUCAAUCCGGAUAGAUGGCUACCGCGCGAAGGAGAAGAAGACGCGGCCAGUAAUAUUAGGGUGCGCAUGAUGGAACGGACGAAUCUCACCUGGGGAAGCGGGGCGAGGGCCUGUCCGGGACGGCAUCUCGCGGAGCUUGUGUUGUUUAAAGUCGUGCCGGCGCUGCUGGGGGAGUUUGAUGUCCAGGUCACGGCCAUGCCACGGGAGGAUGAGAUGCCCUGCUAUUUCAUGGCGAUGAUGGCCGGGGUUAAGGUGAGGUUCGUGCCUGUGCAUAAGGAGGAUGGCGGUCUGAGAUGA